UGGUGAUUUAUGGUUCAGAGUUGCGGGUUUAUGUUCGACUGUAAUUUGGUCUGUAAUUUGAAGACGGUUAACAAAGUGAUUUUGACCAGAAAAACCCUACUAUUCUAAAGUGUAUAGAAACAGGCUGCAGUUUAAGGAAGUUUAAGGUAUUUAAGGUUAUGUCGGAAAGACAAACGAAUUUCUCAGAAUUCGACUAAUCUUUCAAAAUAAUUAGAAACUGUAAACUAUGGAUGAUUCAGACACCACAGCAAUUUUGCCAGAGGAUACUCUAUCAUAUCGGAAUGGUGAAACCUUGGAUAAGGACUCAUUCAACCCCCACGACGAGGCUAAAGAAGAAAAUAAUUGUCCGCCGUUCGCUUGCCCCUUUUCAGUUUCCGUAGAGCCAGUGUUAUUUCUCUCCAUGUUUUCGCUGGCGCUGCAGAUGCCACUUUCUACGCAGUACUUGUGGGACCGGAUAAGUGAAGACCUUGGUUACAAUGGCUCCAAGGCAGGGGGAUGUGGCAACACGUCUGGAAUCCCUGAUCCACUUGAAAAGGAAGUGGAGACCAUGACUGCUCACUGGAACCUCUACAUCAACCUGGGGGGGUUUGCUGUGGGGCUGUUUGUGGUGACAUUACUGGGCUCCUGGAGUGACGUCAGAGGGCGCAGGCCGGUCCUCAUCCUACCCAGCUUGGGAAUGGCCCUCCAGGCCUCCAUCUACCUGCUGGUGAUGUACCUAAAGCUGCCUGUGGCCUGGUUCCUCUUGGGCAGACUGCUCAGUGGCCUCUCAGGGGACUUCAACACCCUCCUGGCUGGCUGCUUUGCUUACGUGGCUGACAACAGUGACCGAGGCUCCCGCACUUUUAGAGUGGCAGUGUUGGAGGCGUGCCUGGGCAUAGCAGGCAUGCUAGCCAGCAUCAUCGGAGGGCAGUGGCAGAAGGCACAAGGGUACAUAAACCCUUUCUGGCUAGUCCUGGCCACCAACCUGGCUUCUGCUCUGUACGCCUACCUGUUUGUCCCAGAGUCUGUGACCCCUGACUCCAGUGCUAAACUCUUCACCCCACGUCACCACCGGGCAGUGUACCGCCUCUACUCCAUUGGGGGAUGCACAAACCAGGUUGAUGGAAAGUUCCAUCGCUACAAGUUGUGGCUCUACACUCUAUGUUUCUUCAUAGUAGUGACUGUGCACUUUGGCAGCAGGGAGCUGUUUGUGCUGUAUGAGCUGAGUGCUCCUCUGUGCUGGGGCUCUGGUCUGAUAGGAUACGGAUCUGCAGCCCAGCACCUGACCUACCUGAGCAGCCUUCUGGGGUUAAAGGUUAUGCAACGCUGCCUGGAGGACUCAUGGAUAGCCCUGGUGGGUCUGGCAUCCAAUAUAGCUGGCCUGGUGGUCAUCUCAGUGGCAAACACUACAGUUCUCAUGUUCACAGGGUAUGGAGUAUGUUUUCUUGCCAUGGCAUCCACUCCAGUCCUCAGGUCAAAGUUGUCAAAGUUGGUGGGCCCUUCAGAACAAGGGGCCCUGUUUGCCUCUGUGGCCUGUGUGGAGGGGCUGUGUUCUCUUGUGGCCAGUGGUGUCUUCAACUCUCUCUAUCCAGCCACCCUGCACCUCAUGAAGGGCUUCCCCUUCCUCCUCGCUGCCAUCCUCCUCCUCAUCCCAGCAGGGAUCAUGGGGAUACUGGAGUUCCAGAGUCAAAGAAGAGACACAAGAGAUGAUUCAACAACAUCCUGACUGUGAAAAAUCAAGGAAUCAAAGACACAUCAAAGAGAAAGAAAAGCUAUCUUUUUAUGGCUUCCAACUGUCGUUUCACUAAAGUAGCUCUCGGAAAGUCAGCAGACCGUUAUUAGAUUCCACAAAGGGGGUAUUCUGUAGCAGCGACAACCAAAGAACCCAAACCCCUUGACUGACAUUACAUACAUUGACUGAAACAGUACUGUAUAUCUUGUAAUGUGAGACAGAGAUUGUGUGCCUUUUUUUAUAAAUUUAUUUUAUCUCAAAUCCCAAGGUAACGUGCACUGACAGGCAAAUACAGAGGCAAUACUUUCUAAUCAAUCAUAAUGCAAUUUUCACUCACAUCCUGUUUUACUUGUUUAAAAUCAGAAAGUGCUGACUGAGCUCUAACAUUGAACUGAUAUAGAAACCGAGGGAUAAAGAAAAAAGUAAUUUGUUAGGGAUGACUGAUUUAAAUGUCAAGUAAUGAAACUGAUAUUUCUAAAUUGUGGUAGCAUUUACAGCACAGGGAAUCACUUACAGGUGAUGACCACACUUCCCAUUGAUAAAAAAAAUCGGUCUCAGGCUUUUAUCUUGUAAGAAAUACUCAAUAUCCAAAAACAAGCGUUAAAAAAACUCCAACAAAUGUGAAAUUUAAUAAUGCAGUCAUGAUAUUGCAAGGUUAGUGAAUAGAUCAACCUCUGUCAAACAUGUCCAGACUCAACCAUUAAUAUUACUGGGCACAUGGCCUUUCAUUGGCUUUCUGCUGCUGUCUGGGAUUACUAAAUUACAAUGCUGCCCAUACCAUCGACAAUACUGAUGGUCCCUCUGAAACUCCCUGAUGUACCCUUAUCGAACUACAUGACAACCAAGGAGCACAAGGCCACAGCAAACACACACUCUUUCACACACACCAGGUCAGGCCACAGUAUCAGAAGGAACGUGAUCUUCCAUAACUGGUUUAAAGGGCUCAAGGGGAGAGGAUAGAUUAACAAUGGCAGCAACACUGUCACACAGUAUUUUUUUACAUACAUCAUUUUUCUGGAUUGGUGUGAGAAAGUCAAGCGAGAAACUUUUCAGGGUCCAACCUCCUGGCCUGGAUUUUCCUGUGCAGUAUACAUUUUGUAAUUUUUUCAUCAAGUGCAAUUAAUUUAUAGUUACCUGAUAAAGUAUUGAAAUUGUUUAUAUAUUUUUAACAAUUGACUUUAAAGUGUUUUUGCUUAACUGUGAACAAUUAUGAAAAUAAUAAUGCAUAUGAGAUCGAGAAUGUGAUUUACUAUCCUUAAUGUAAUUUAUUGCACUACAAAUAGAACACUCAGGGUUAAUUUUGUCUUCAAAUGAUUGCAAACAAUACAAUCAUUAUUUGGUUAAAAAAAAAGUAUGUAUUUUAUUAUAUUUGCACACCUGUAUUGAGCAACAUCCACACAUAAGGCAUUACAAAUGGUGAGCAGUUUUCUGCAGCUUUUGACCGGAUUAACGUCAGCCUGUCACCACACAUCAUUUGAUUGAACAAUAACUGAUAGCCUACUGACUUAUACAUUUACCAUAAAUCUUUGCAUACUUUAAUCACAUUUACUACUAAUCAGAUAAUGCUUCUUAUCAUAGAAGGAGUAGGAUGUUUUGUUUUUACAGAUAUUUCACAGACAUUAUUUAGACAGGUGUUUGGUUGCUGCAUUGAUAAGAUAAAUCAUUGUAGUGGGAUAGUGCUGGCUGUUACUUCUGUACUUGGCGGCUCCAAUACAAAUAUUGACCAACUCAGGCAGGUUAACAACUAUCAAGGACUCGUAAUUAUACCCUGAACAAGGGAACCACAGGUACAGUAAAUAUUAUGUGGUUAACUUAAACAAUGUUUUACAACAUAUUGCGGCUUUCUUUUACGAGACUGAUUGACUAAUCCUGAAAAGCAACACCUCAAGGUAUCUUUAGGUGUUCUGAAGCCAGAUGUUCUUGGAACAGUGAGAGUCUAGGAGAAAGAAGCAAUUAAACUGUUGAUGUUGCCCUAGGCUUGCUGGAUGGUCUGUAUCAAGUUUGUUUAUAAGGAAUCUAUGAUGUUCCGUGUAGAUUCCGUAUACUUAGCUGGAUUAAACUAACUGCAACCACCCUUGAGGCCCCAUGUCCAGUCACUGCAUAAGAUGACUCCACUUGCUUUCCAUCAUAUCCCAGAAAUGAGCCAAGAAGCAUGCUGGCUUUCAUUUCAGCACUAUGACAGGAAACAAAUGAAAUGAAACCGUGUGCACACACAGCAUUUUUUGUAAUUGGAACACAAGAGACUUGUACCUUUAAGGCAAAUAAAAACUGAUAAAGAAAUGCG